GGUUCUUCAGCAAUGCAUUGGUGAGGAAGGGACAAAAAAUGGGCAACACAUCGUCCAUGCUCACGCAGUACGAUAUUGAGGAGGUCCAGAGCCACUGCAAAGGAAUCUUCUCGCAGAGAGAAAUCAUCUCUUUGUACGAAAGGUUUUGCAUUUUGGAUCGCUCUGGCAAAGGCUUCAUCCUCGAGGACGAGUUCAUGGCAGUUCCCGAGUUUGCAUUGAAUCCUCUAGCUCAGAGACUCCUCAGGAUACUCGAGGGCGUGAAUUUCAAGGAAUUUGUUCUGCUGCUGUCGGCAUUCAGUCCCCGAGCCAGCUUCAAGGAGAAGAUGGAGUUCAUUUUUAAGGUGUAUGAUUCCGAUGGCGAUGGGAAAGUGACAACAAGUGACAUAUUGGGAGUCCUUCGUGAUCUUUCUGGUUCUUUCCUCACCGAGAAGCAGCGAGAGCAAGUCGUGAUCCAAGCGCUGGAUCAAGCAGGGUUCUCAUCUGGCUGCAUGCUCACUUACGAAGACUUCGUGAAGGUGCUUGUCAAGGCAAAUCUUAAAAUGGAGGUGGAAGUUCCUGUGGAUUGAGCACGAAGAAACAAUGCACGAUCCCACUAGUCCAAGCAUCUCCAUGAGAGAGGAUCGUUGCGUGAGUUUAGAUAAUGUCUCAGUAAAAGCAGUGUGUAAUCUUAUGUCUUGAGUGAGUUCCAAAAUGGCAGGGUCGUGAGGAGUCCGGUUCAUCAAAGAAACUCUGGAAAUAAUUCAGCGUUUUCAAAAAAGCGGUGCUUGCAAGCUGAUUUAUUUUUACUUUUCUAAAUCACAAAUUCUAAACUCAGAAAAAUAACCUUAACGAA